AUGCCUACAAGUGACAGUCCUCUUACAUGUGACAGUCCUCCUACAUGUGACAGUACUCCUACAAGUGACAGUCCUCCUGCAAGUGACAGUCAUCCUGCAUGUGACAGUACUCCUACAAGUGAGAGUCCUACAAGUGACAUUCCUCCUACAUGUGACAGUCCUCUUACAUAUGACAGUCCUCCUGCUCGUGACAGUACUCCUAAAAGUGACAGUUCUCUUACAUAUGACAGUCCUACAUAUGACAGUACGCCUACAAAUGACAGUCCUCCUACAUGUGACAGUCCUCCUACAAGUGACAGUGCACCUACAUGUGACAGUCCUCUUACAUAUGACAGUCCUCCUACAUGUGACAGUCCUACAUGUGACAGUCGUCUUACAUAUGAGUCCUCCUACAUAGGACAGUGA